GGAGAGUCAGUGAUGAAACUGCAGUAAUUAUGGGAGAUGUUGGAAUAGGCUGUGAGGGUGGCUGGGAGUUGUAGUACAACAAGAGCAGAAGGACAAUAGGUAGAACAGUUGUACUUUAUAUAAUUCAGACUCCAGGAGGGGCAGUGUAAGUAAAGGGGAGAAGGGCCGGGUGAUUAUGUGCAUAUCAUUAGGGAGUGGAUGGGGCCCACCAGCAGUGUCCGUAUCAGUGUGGCCCCUCUGCUAAAUAGGCAACUCUAUUUAUCUGACUGAAGGGAACAGGUACAGGUACCCCCCACCCCCGCCCUGUUCAUUUCAAGGUACCAAAGGAAACAGCAGAAAACCAAAAAGAUCACCAGCCCCACUCCCCAUAAAUCCACCUCUCCGGAGUUUCAGGCAGAGUCUACAAGUAACAGUGAGAGGGGCGGGAGCUGCCAGACUAGUUGGGCUCAGGUUGCACAGACAAGAUGGCAGAAAAAGGGUCUUCGGGCAUGGUGGCCUUCAUUGUGUUUGGGAAUGUCAUUAUAUCGCUCUCUGGCCUUGCGUUGUUUGCGGAGACGAUCUGGGCGACCACCGACCCCUACAAGGUUUAUCCAAUUCUGGGGGUGACUGGGAAAGAUGAUGUUUUUGCCGGCGGCUGGAUUGCCAUAUUCUGUGGUUUUUCAUUCUUUAUACUGGGAAUCUAUGGCAUCCUCGCAGUGCAGAGAGGGAGUCGCACUAUGGUUCUGACGUACUUGGUGCUGAUGAUGAUCGUGUAUAUAUUUGAAUGCGCCUCCUGUAUCACUUCCUUCACACACAGAGACUAUAUGAUAAACUCCAAUGUGAUUAAGGGUCAGAUGUUGACUUACUACUCGGACAGCAGCACCCCGCAGGGUCGGGACAUCACCGGCGUGUGGCUCAGGAUGAUGCUGGAGAAAAACUGCUGCGGUGUGGACGGGCCGCUGGAUUGGGUGGAUUAUUACUCCACUUUCCGCAAGUCGUACAAUGAAACGACGGCCCCCUGGCCCUUGUGGUGCUGCCAGAGAGACAGUAACUUCCAGAUCAUCAAUCAGCAGGGAUGUGUAGUUGGACUCAAGUCUUAUGUUUAUCAGCAGGGCUGCUUUGAUCACAUAUCCAAUGCCAUCAACAGCUACACCUGGGGCAUCUCCUGGUUUGGAUUUGCCAUCCUUAUGUGGACGAUGAUUGUCAUGUUGGUAACGAUGUAUAAUUACACCAAGAUGAACUGACACCACGUCUCCCAUUGGUUGCCAGGGGAGGCCCAAUCAGAGAGCCUCAAGCCUCCCCAGAACUCAAACUGGAAUCGACUUUCUUUUUUCUGAUGAGAUGAACUGCCGGCUGUUUCCUUUGUCACCUCCUGGGGGCGCUGUCACUCAAAUAAUAUCACUUCAUUCUCUGGGGAUAUGAGAAAAGAACCCCCGGCCUCCCCUGCACCCCCUUCUAUAGAGCAGGGUUACUGUACAUUAGAGCAGCCAGAGAGAAUUGUAUGUCUAUUCCUAAUGCCAUGUAUGUAUUUUACUUGAUCAUUGUGACUGUGACGCUCUAAUUCCCCAGAGACACGUGUUCUUCCACUCAGUUAUUUCUGUUACAAAAUGAUUUGAUGAUUAGUACCAUUGGUGAGCUCUGUAAGCCUGAACUGCAGCUUCUUUUACAUUCUCAUGUCUAACAGGGGCUGCUGGGAGUCCUAGUUCAGUGGCUGUGGCUAUAGCCUUUGAUUCCAAAGAUAGUUUUUUUUUUUUUUUUUUUUUUUUUAUAACUGGCUGAGAGCAUUUGCUUCAAUGAAGCCACAAGCCAUUUAUACCCUCACUUUAAACUUCCAUGUAGAAUAUAUAGAUAUUUCCAUUUGUAUAGUACAGUGUUUUGCCUUAUGGAAAAAAUAAAGGUAUUAUGUGUUUCUUAAA